GCUGAUGUUUGACAACAAUGACGUGUCAAAAUAUGAAGGUAACCUUAAAAAAUAUUUGUGUAUGGGUAAGACGUCAAUGGUGUUACCAAUUGAUUAAAUUUGUUGUUGGAAAGGCUAUGCAAACAUGUUCAACAUAAUUAAUUUAUUGUGUUUUUCUAUAAUAUUGGGUAUAUCGAAUCACGUUUACUGUCACAAUAAAUAUGCCAAAGAAGCCAAUGUUAAAGAAGAACUGCCUGAUACAGAAACCGAUUUUAGGCCUAUAUCUUUGAAGCAUUUGGAUAGGCCCUUUCGCAUGGCAAAACUGAACUUGUUGUGGUCAAAAGCCGUAUUGAGGUUAUCUGAACCGAAAUUGAAAAUGCUUUUUGGAGAGUUGAAGUUACACGAUAAAGAAGAAAUCACCUGGAAGCAUCUGCGAGCAGAAGGAAAAGAUAAGGAUGGUAUGAAAGAAGCUGAGCUUCGUAAGAAGCUAAUGACAAUUAUGGAGAAUUACAACCUUCUUGAUCAAGCUGACAGUGUUCAUGAUCCUAACAAGGCUAGGCCAUUCAAACCAUUGAAUGAAGCUAGUGACAAACAUAUCAACAAAAGUUUAUUCAAGGAUAAGAAGUUGAAUAAACUUUGGGAGAAAGCAGAAACAGCAGGUUUUACACAAGAAGAGCUGUUAGCUUUAAAAGAAGAAUUUGGUCACCAUCAAGAUAAAGUAGAUCAAUACUAUGCACUAUUACAUGAUGUAAAGGGAAAUCCUGACAAUACUGAAACUAAUUCAGUGGAUGAUUCCUUGGAUAAAUACAAUGAGAUUGAGUUGAAAGAGGAUCCACAACCUGACAAGAAUGGCUAUCUAGACAAAGUGAACAUGUUACGUGACAAACAUAAGGAAAUCCGCGACCAUUAUGAUCAUCUACAAAUCUUGGCAGCUAAAGGACCAGCAAGUAAAGAGUUUGUCGAGCCCAAGGUCCAGGGAUUAUGGAAAAUAGCUUUAGAGAGCAACUUCACACCAGCAGAGUUAGAAUCUUUGAAGGUUGAGCUUCGGCAUUAUGAGAACAGGUUGUUGAAGUUGAGGCACCUGCAAGUGGAACAUGCCUUGCAUGAAGAAAAAGAGAAGAAGAAAAUGGAUAUUGCAGGAGGCAAGUCCAAUGCUGCCUCUCUUAUGGAGGAUAAUAUCAAGAAACAAGCUAGGAAAGUUGAGAAAAUUCAUCUUGAUCUGGAGACUAGGAUUAUGCAGAAACACAUUGAGCUGUAAUUGCUGGAUUUAGUAUUUGUUUCUUUGUAUGAUAGCUCUCUUGGCUUGUUGUAAAAAAUAUGAUUUCAUCUCAUUCAACUGACCUAAGGUAUAUCAUUCUACAGUAGUGCCAAAAUGAUAGUAUAGCAGGUGAAAUAGGUUUGUCAUUAUUCUUAUUUAUGUCUAGUCUUGGUAGGCUUAAGAGGAUGAUGUGAUUUUAAACGUGCAUUAUUUGCAUUCAUUAUUAAAGGAAAGCUCAAAUGUGAAUAACAAAUGUGCAUAUUUAUAUAUAAUCUCUUUUUAUUUGAUUUUAUGUAUUUUUAAUUUUAUUUUAUAUAUUGCUAAGUGGUAUCUGAGCUUGAACUUAAUAUUUUCAUUCGAAUCAAUAAAUAUUUUUAUAUUAGUUUUUCUGUAUUUUAAAUGUAAUUAUUGUAUGUUCCAUAUUGCAUUUUUUACAAUAUACUCUUAGUGUUCUAAAUUUCUGAGAAUAUUUUUGUAUGAAAAAUAUUACUUUGGUAUCUGUUACUUG